AUGUUGGCCUACCUACCACUGCCACUUCAUGUUGGCCUACCUACCACUGCCACUUCAUGUUUACCUACCUACCACUGCCACUUCGUGUUGGCUUACCUACUACUGCCACUUCUUGUUGGCCUACCCAUCACCGCCACUUCGUGUUUACCUACCUACCACUGCCACUUCGUGUUGGCCUACUUACCACCACCACUUCGUGUUGGCGUACACUCCUAUUCCAUGCACACGCGCUCUGUUAUUCUCUCUCUUUCUCGUGCUAAACUCAAUCCCGUUUACUUGAAACCGCGUACUUCAGGUGGUGUUGUACAUGGCCCAACAAACAUGCGCAAGUACGACUUCGCUCUUCCUAAGAAGAUCAGGGCGGCGGGACUAAGAGCCGCACUGACAAUCAAGUAUUUGCAAGGUCACCUCACCAUUGUGAACGAAGUUAAGAAUGCGACACACCGCACCAACCCUAUCGCCCAUAAGCUGGAACAGAGAGGACACCACAAGGGCAACACUGUGCUGGUAGUGUGCGGCGAUACUAUGGGCCGCGAGCUACAAUUGGCUACCCUCAACAUACCUUACGCCCACUUCAUGUCGUAUAAAGGUAGUUCUGAUGUGUGUAAUAUACAUGUGUAA